CUAAAAAGGUGUGAGGUGUGGGUGUUGGUGGGUGUUGGUGGUGGUGGUCAUCGUCAUCGUCAUCGUCCAAAGCUUCCCGAUCUGGCUCUGGUUGGUUUCAGGUAACAACCCUAAUUUGAUUGAACUCGAACACUGCUCUCCUAAUCUGCAAUUUCAAUUACACACCUGUGUAUCUUCAUAUCUCACAUUCACAUCGCAUACCAUUUCACUCUGAUCCGCCGAAUUGGAAAUCGGAAUGGGUUAACCGGAGGGAAUAACUCAAACCUCAAAAAUGGUUCUCAGUCGCAUUGGGGAUUUGAUCUCCGCUGCCUCAGCUCGUUGGUCUUCCCACUCUUCUUCUUCGUCGUCGUCUUCCUCUUCCGAAUUGUUGCCCACUCGAGAUUCUGGAUUGUUGCCUCCCCGAGACUAUGAUCUCGGCCUUGGCUUUCCUAACAAGAAUAACUUGCGCCUCUCCUCCUCUCUUCAAGAUCUCUCCACUUACCAAAAGCUAGGCCAGUUUCACAGCUCUCUAUACACUUCUCAACCCAGUUUCUCCAAGGAGAAGCCUUCGCCUGCGCCACCCGGAUCCCCCUACUCCGCUCGCAAGAAAUUCUUUCGUACCCUCUUGCUCUUCCUUUGCCUCCUCCUCCUAGCUUUUCUUGUUUAUCUAUUAGCAGUUUUCAUCUCUUCUUAUUGGUCCCGAGGUGCAUCCAAAUUCUAUGUUGUCCUCGAUUGUGGUAGCACCGGCACUCGAGUUUAUGUAUAUCAGGCUUCCCUUUACCACCAUUCCCAUCGUUCUCUCCCCAUUGUCAUCAAAUCUUUGACCCCCGAAAGUCUCCAUAGAAAGCCUUCCUCCCAAAGUGGUCGUGCUUAUCAUCGAAUGGAGACCGAACCCGGAUUUCACAAAUUGGUUCACAAUAUUUCUGGUUUGAAGUCUGCUAUUAAACCCCUUGUGCGUUGGGCCGCCAAGCAAAUCCCACACCACGCACAUGAGACUACCUCAGUGUUCCUUUAUGCUACUGCCGGCGUUCGCAGGCUGCCGAGUGCAGACUCCAAGUGGCUUCUCGACAAUGCCUGGUCCAUUCUCAAUUCUUCGCCUUUCCUAUGUAGGCGAGAGUGGGUCAAAAUCAUCAGUGGCAUGGAAGAAGCCUACUUUGGUUGGAUAGCCCUUAACCAUCUCAAAGGGAUGCUUGGGGCUAAACCAAGAACGCCCACUUUUGGUGCUCUCGACUUGGGGGGUUCCUCAUUGCAAGUUACGUUUGAGAGUGAAUCUCACGAUCAAAGUGAAAGUAAUUUGAAUCUUAGAAUUGGGAAUGCGAACCAUCACCUCACUGCAUACUCUCUUUCGGGCUAUGGUUUGAAUGAUGCAUUUGGUAAGUCUGUGGUUCAUCUUUUUAAGAGGCUUCCAGAAAACAUCAAAGCAGACUUAUUGAGUGGGAAGGUACAAAUCAAGCACCCCUGCUUGCAGACGGGCUACAAGGAGCAAUACACCUGUUCUCAGUGUGCUUCUAAGUAUCAACAAGGAAAGACUUUGAACGUGGGAGGAAAAUUAGGAACUCGUGUGACUCUUAUUGGUGCUCCUAAUUGGGAUGAAUGCAGUGCACUUGCGAAACGUACUGUCAAUUUGUCUGAAUGGUCUAAUGUGAGCUCAGGUAUUAACUGUGAUUUACAACCUUGUGCCCUUGGAGACGGUUUUCCUCGCCCUAAUGGAAAGUUUUAUGCAUUGUCUGGCUUCUUUGUGGUUUAUCGGUUUUUCAACCUAACUUCAGAUGCAGCACUUGAUAACGUAUUGGAAAAGGGUAGGGGAUUUUGUGAAAGGACAUGGGAAGCUGCAAAGAAUAGCGUUGCUCCGCAACCGUUUAUUGAACAGUAUUGCUUUAGGGCACCCUAUAUUGUAUCACUGUUGAGAGAGGGCUUGCACAUUGAAGAUAGUAAAAUCACCAUUGGUUCUGGUGGCAUUACAUGGACUCUUGGAGUGGCUCUGUUGGAAGCCGGGAAUGCAUUUUCGACUAGAAUGGGGAUUCACAACUAUGAAUUACUUCAGAUGGAGAUAAAUCCGUUUCUUCUUCUUAUAGUUUUAUUUAUAUCAUUGUUUCUCCUUCUUUGCGCAUUAUCGUGUGCUGGCAAUUGGAGGCCGAAAUUUUUGCGAAGGCUUUAUCUCCCACUUUUCAGACAUAACAAUGCAUCAUCUGUAUCCGUUCUUGGCAUGUCAUCUCCAUUUCGACUCCAACGAUGGAGCCCAAUGAGCUCUGGGGACGGAAGAGCAAAGAUGCCUCUGAGUCCAACAAUCGGUGGUAGUCAGCAGAGAGCGUUCGGUUUCGGAGCUGGAGUUGGCAACAAUGGUGAGAUCCAGCUAAUGGAAUCUUCUCUCUGCCCGUCCACCAGCAGCGUUGCGCAUAGUUAUUCCUCGACUAAUCUGGGGCAAAUGCAAUUCGACAAUGGUAGCAUGGCUUCCUUCUGGUCUCCUCACAGAAGUCAGAUGCGUUUACAGAGUAGGCGAUCGCAGUCUCGAGAAGAUCUUAGUUCUUCAUUUGCUGAGGCACACAUGGUGAAGGUUUAGUUAUUGUCUGCAAGCAAAUUGACAAACGAGAAAUGAAAAUUUUCAUCCAAAUUUAGGCACAUUCUUUUUGUAACAUAUAUGUAAUACCCCAGUUCAGCUGAUAAAUAGUUUCAUAAAGAGAUUCAUUACUUCUUCUUUGA